CCGGCCGGGGCUUUGCCGUUGGAGCGGCAGGGCCCCGGAGGUCGUAGUGCUGGGCUUCCCGCGCAGCGCCUCGCGGGCCGGGGCGUCCGGGGAGGCUCGGGUACGCCAGCGGGGAGGGAUGUGACUUGCAGCUCUUGGACUCUCUGGAGUUGUUAAAAGUUACCGUGUACAUCUACGGUGGCAGUGUGUGUGGAGCAAGUGCUGGCCACACUGGUCAGGAAGCACAGUGGAAAUGGAGCAGCCGUACGUGGUGGACGAUGACGAGUCAGACCCAGAACCACAGCCGCGCUCCCAAGAACCCAUCCAAGUCCUCGAUGAGGACGACUCGGAGGACGCCGAGCUCAUCUUUGUGGGGGUGGAGAACGUAAAGGAGGACGCCGAGCUCAUCUUUGUCGGCGUGACUUCAACCUCACAGCCAGCCAACUCGAACAUCUUGAACAGAAUCACCCCGGGUUCACGGUUAAAAAGAAAGCAUGACCGACUUAGAGAGACCACUACUCAAAGACUGCAGCCCUCACCUCCGGCCGCCCCCACGUCAGAGGCAGCGAUCGUCCUGCCGGCGUCUCCAGCGGAGUCAAGAUCAACAGACAGUCCUAUCAUUAUCGAGCCUUUGUCCGAGUCUGAUUACAAAAGUAAUUCACAAGUUGUGCCUAGUAGCUCUUCAAAGUGCUGUUCGCCUCUGGCUACGCUCUCCAGCUCGGAGAGUGGCCCAGCCAGGGCAGCGUGCUCAGGAGGAGGUUUGAAUGAAAGUCUGUAUGUAUCGAAGUGCCAUUUUUCCAUAAACCCACAGAGGCCUGAACGUAGCAUCGAGAUUGUAGAAGAGCUCUCUUCAGCCUUGCCCCCUUCGGGUCCUUUCCAUACCUCGAAUGCGCAGCAGAGGACGCCUUCCCUUGAGGCUCCCAAAUCACUGAACCUUUUUGUGAACGGGGCGCCUCUGUCAGGGAACCCUGUCCACCCUCGCCAGGACAGUGGGUCGGUGGAUGCAGACUUCUCGAGUCUAGCAAGUCCAGAGACUUUUGAUCCCAGGAAGGGAAGUUUGACUCUGUUGCUUAGUGACUUUUAUUACGGACAGUAUAAGGGAGAAGGCAAGCCGGAACAGAAGACCCACACAACCUUUAAAUGCCCCAGCUGCUCGAAAGCGCUAAAAAAUGUGAAGUUUAUGAACCACACCAAGCAUCAUCUGGAGCUGGAGAGGCAGGGGAGUGACGAGGCCUGGGAGAGCCACACCACCUGUCUGCGCUGCCACCGGCUGUUUGCGUCCCCGUUCCAGCUGGAGUGCCACAUCGACCGCGUGCACACGGCGCCAGACCCUUGUGUGGUCUGCAAAAUCUGUGAGUUGUCGUUUGAAACAGAGCAGGUCCUUUUAGAGCACAUGAAGGACAACCACAAGCCCGGGGAGAUGCCCUACGUGUGCCAGGUCUGCAAGUACAGGUCGUCGGUCUUUGCGGACGUGGAGACACAUUUUACCAAGUGCCACGUGAACACGAAGAACCUGCUGUGUCCCUUCUGUCUGAAGAUCUUCAAAACGGGGAUGCCGUACAUGUGCCACUGCCGGGGCCACUGGGAACGCAGCGGCCACCAGUGCUCCAAGUGCCGGCUGCAGUUUCUAACCUUUAAGGAGAAAAUGGAGCACAAGACCCAGUGCCACCAGAUGUUCCGGAAGCCCAAGCAGCUGGAAGGGCUGCCUCCCGAGACGAAGGUGGUGAUUCAGGUGUCAGUGAAGCCUGUGGAGGCGGAGUCUGUGGAAGUUGCGUCAAUCACUGUGAGCACAACCGACUGGGAGCCAUCUUGCCCCAGAUCUCAAGGCAGACUUUCACAGAAGCCCCAUUAACGCUAACCGGGUCAGAACGCAGACCCUUCAGAGAGAAAAGACUACAAGCCCGCACGUCGACUAGUCGCUGGCUGGCCCCCAGGACGAUGCACUGACGAACAGAUCUGUUUAUCUUUAAUUUUGCGAUAACACAGGGUUUGCUUGUUUAGUGUUUGAGGGUUUCUCUUGUUCUCACUUAGUGCUGGCGCUCGACCACGGCUUCACAAAGAACAAGCAAGUGCUCUCUCACCCCAUUCCGCAGCUACAGCGUUUUCCGAGUGAGCAGCGAGUGCUACUUAAAAUACAUCUGGGUUUCACCUUAAGUGUCUGGCUUCACACCAGGAAGAUGUCUGUGUCUGUGUCCUCGUGAGUGGAAGGCAGGCUAAACCUAUUUAUUAGUAUUUCAUGUAACCCUCUGUUUGAGAGCUCUUUUUGGAGUUUGGGGGGCUCACAAGGCCUCACCUCUCCCUGAAGAUCCUUACGCAGUCUGCGCUUGCUGUAGGAGGGAGAGAGACCAAUUCUUCUUUUUUGAGAGACAUCUUAAGUGGUAUAGCAUGGGCAAGUGGACAGCCACACGUCCCUUUCAGUCUUGAAGCCAAAGAAGGAAUCCUGCCUGAAUGUCUUUACCUGAAAGAGUGUCCGAGGAGGCCGAGCCAUUCUGUAGAAGGCCCAUGUUUGUGAAAGGCCCUCGAAAACAUUAAAAGCACAGCUGUGCGUUCUCAGCGCCACAGGAAGCAGCAGCGGCGGGUAGAAGACUGGGAGGGAGCCGACGACCAUGACUACGGGCUCGUUUUGCUUGAUGCUUAGGGUAGCUAGAAUUAUCCACUCUCUGUUCGGCCUUGGCUAGCUGUGAUUGAAGAACUGGCCAUGCCCUCACGGCCACAGCAGUAAAGCAAGUUGUCCUUUCCCAAGGAAAGAAGUCGUGGCAUUUGUAGUUUGAAGUGUGUUGAUUGAACCUUAGGUAUAACUGUAAAGGUUUGGGAAAAUGGCAUCUGUCCAGUUUAUGGCCUGGGCUGAACUUAGUUGUACUCAAGCUGUAAUAGGAACUUGCCCAAUGAUAUUGGACAU